GUAGGAUGAACGGGUGUAAGGUAAUAGAGAAUUUGGAUUCUCUCUGGUUCUUCGGAACGACGGCGCCGGCCAUCCAAGAGCUCGAAAAUCCCACCCUAAACGACGUCGAAGGAGAAGAAAUCGCGACACCCAUGCGCGAGAAUAACAAUGCAGUACUGGAAGAUCAAGAUGGUGGGUUUGGGUUUGGGUGUGAAACGAAAACAGAGGUGGAAAUUAGUACGAAAGAAGAGAAGAGGAGAUCAAGAAGCAGAAUAAGGAGAUCAUCGUGUUCGUGUCUGAGGCAGAGGAGAAAAAUCCUUGGAGAAAUAGAUCUGAAUUUUGUCGUAAAGGAGAUUUCUGAAUGUUGGAUGUUUGAAGAACAGAGAAUUAGGGGUGAAGUUUACAAGAAGAAGAAGAUGCCUCCGUUUGAAGACAGUAUGGCGAUGAAAGAGCACAUCAGAUCGUGGGCUUAUGCAGUGGCCUGCACUGUCAGAUGAUUGAACAUUAGGAAGUGUAUACAUUCGUUUAGUUUCUAAGGUAGAUGACGAUUUUGUUCUCGGCAUUCGAUCCACUCUGUAUUUUGGAGGAUAAUGUUUGUAAAGUUGGAAACUUUAUGCUUCA